GCCGCGCCGCCUCCUCCGCCAGCAGCACCCCCGGCCCCAGCCGCCCCGCCGCCAGCGCCCCCAGCCCCGCCGGCACCCCCCGCCCUAGAGCCGCCCCCAUGAUGGACAGCCGCAUCCUGGAGCAUCCUCAUGCCCAGUUCGGGGGGAUGGUGGGUUUCCCUUACCCGCUCGGGCACCACCACGUCUACGAGCUGGCCGGGCACCAGCUGCAGUCGGCGGCCGCCUCUGUGCCCUUCUCCAUCGAUGGAUUACUGAGCGGCUCCUGCGCCGCCUCUGUGGUCAACCCGGCGCCGCUCAUCCCCUCCGGCUGCGGGGUGAGCGGGGACAGCCAGCCCUUCAAGCUCGCAGACUCGGGUGACCCGGACAAGGAAAGUCCUGGCUGUAAAAGAAGACGAACCCGCACCAAUUUUACUGGCUGGCAGCUCGAGGAGCUGGAAAAGGCGUUUAAUGAGAGUCAUUACCCGGACGUGUUUAUGCGAGAGGCUCUGGCUCUCAGGCUAGACUUGGUGGAGUCCAGAGUGCAGGUCUGGUUCCAAAACCGCCGGGCCAAAUGGAGAAAGAAAGAGAACACGAAGAAGGGCCCGGGGCGGCCGGCUCACAACUCCCACCCCACGACGUGCAGCGGGGAGCCCAUGGACCCCGAGGAGAUCGCCCGGAAGGAGCUGGAGAAGAUGGAGAAGAAGAAGAGAAAGCACGAGAAGAAGCUGCUCAAAAGCCAAAGCCGCCACCCGCACUCGCCCAGCGCCCUCUCCCUCCACAGCACGCCCAGCUCCGACAGCGACAGCGGCGGCGGGGGGGGCCUCUCGCCCGCCCCGCCUGAGGCCAAACCCCGCGGGCAGCCCCCGCCGCCCCAUCCGCCGCUCCCCGCCGCCGCCGCCCCCUCCGAGCCGCCCCCUGGCACCUGCGACCAGACGGCCGAGCCCUUCUACCCCAGCCAAAGAAGCGGGAGCGGGCGGCUCCAGCGCCCGCCCGACAAGGACUGCGCGGCCGCCCCGUCGGGGGACGGCAGCGGGGGCGCGGGGGGGCCCCGCGGCGCCGGCAGCUUCCACAAGCUCAACCCGUUCAGCGUGGAGAGCCUUCUCUCCGACUCGCCCCCCCGCCGCAAGGCCGCCCCGGACUUCCCCAGCCUGCCACCCUGCGCCCCCCGCACCCUCAUCGGCAAAGGACACUUCUUGCUCUACCCCAUCACCCAGCCCCUGGGCUUCCUCGUCCCGCAGACCGCCCUCAAGGCCAGCCCGGGCCCCGAGGCCGGCCAGCCCCCCCGGGACUCCCCGCUGCCCGCUGCCAACCCCGGCCCGCCCGGCUGCGGCGCGGAGCCGGCGCCCGCGGGCGCUCAGCCCGGCCCCGGCUCCACGGACACGGCGGCGACCGCGGCGGGGUCGGUGCCCCCCGCGCCGGCCGGCGCCUCGCCCCGCUCCGCGGCCGCGCACGGUGACCCGGCGGCGGCCGCCCCCGCGGAGGGCGGCAGCUUCCCCCGGCCCGAGUCGCCGGUCCGGGCGCGGGACGCCAGCACAGCCAGGGACAGAUCGGACUGCGGCCCCGCCGACGGCGAGGAGGUGGACAUGGAUUGA